ACCCUUGACAUACCCCUCCUCGUAUACUUUCUCUCUGCCCCAGCCACUACCCAGGCCGCCAAGUAGCUUUUUUUGUAUGACCUUGCUGAAGGUAUGCAUAUAAAUACCAGGAACAUAUGCUUGAACUUUCACACAAUAGUUUACACUUGUAGCGAGACAAGCAGCUCCUUGCCAGUCAACAUGAAGCUGUUGUUGGCGAUUAUGGUGGUGUACGUCAUGCUGGGUCUGGCUGUGACCCUGCCCAGCCCUGAGCCUUCACCAGAGCCUCAGUUCCCAGGCUUCGGAGGAGGUGGUUUCAACGGCGGUGGCUUCGGAUUCCCUGGCCGUAAUUUCAGACGCCGUGGCUUCCGUCGUUUGAACGACCCCUUCUUUGAUAUCUUCGGCACUACUUUUCUGGGUCAAAACUUUGCUUUCUUCGACAAUGAUAGAGUGAAUCGUCGUUUUCCUUUUGGUGGUGGGUUCCGUUCCCCCGUGGGCUCUGGGUUCCGUUCUGGUGGCUCUGGGUUUCGUUCUGGAGGCUCUGGGUUCCGUUCUGGUGGUGGGUUCCGUCCUCUUGGUAGUGGAAUCCUUGCUCCUGUGGGUGCUGGGCGUCGAACUUCCGUUGGCUCUGGAAUCCGGUCCCCUACUGGUGGUGGACGCCGUCCUAUUAUUGGUACCGGAAGCCGCGGCUCUAUUGGAGCUGGGAGAGGAUCCUUUGGUGGUGGGAGAGGUACCUCCAUUGGUGCUGGUAGAGGUACUUCCAUUGGUGCUGGCAGAGGUGCAUCUGUCGGUGCUGGUAUCAGAGGUCCUAUUGGUGGCGGAGCCCGUGGCUAACCUCACAUUCUCAAUUGAUUAAUCAAGCAAAGAAGAGAAGACCAAUCUAGUUGUUCAGGCUAGAUGUUCCUCAACUGCAGUCUAGUCACUAAUUUACAAUGGUUAGGUUUUAAUAAUUUGUUAAUAUGUAAAAUAAUAUAUUAAACGUUUAUAAUA